UCAGAACAAUGAACCCAUCAGUGAAGGAGUAUUACCUUAUUGGUCAGGGGUCUAGCCAUGAUUGACUAGACCAGAGUUAACAUUGUGCAAGGAAGAUGUUCUCUUAGAAUUAAUCUUUGCAUCAACUCUAUAAAUCAUUUGUCCAUUGCUUUUGUAACUGCUGCAGCUUUUUUUAUGCUGUGAUACUUUUUUUGGUGAAGAAUUCCUCAAAUCAUCAUGGCCGAGUCCCGCAAAAAUGUUUCACUCUUGCUGGCAACAGUGGACAGGCAUUGUGCUCGGCAGGAGACAGUCUCUAGACGAGUAAUCAUAUACCAAGUGGCCACAUUUGUGUUGACAUUCAUCACCUACAUGCUGUAUCAUGCAAAUCGGAAGGUGAUCGGGGUAGUGAAGCAGGUUUGGAAUGAGAACUGUACCUCGUCCUACCCUGAAGAGUCCCCGUACCACAACACUUCCAACUGGUGCGACUGGCCUCCAUUUGAUGGAAAUAAUGCUGAUGAACUACUUGGAACGAUGGACCUCUGUUUCCUAUCAUCUUAUGCUGUCUGCAUGUUCAUCAGCGGGUAUGUGGCAGAGCGCAGCAAUCUGCGGCUGUACCUGAGCGUCGGCAUGUUCCUUGCUGGCUUCUUCAACCUUUUCCUGGGCCUGGCGUACUGGUUCGACAUGCACUCCUUUGCCUACUUCCUUGUCUUCAAUAUUCUGGCUGGAGCUUUCCAGGCGACGGGGUGGCCGGCGGUGGUGGCGCUCAUGGGGAACUGGUUUGGGCGCUCCAAGCGCGGCUUCAUCAUGGGCGCCUGGAAUGUGCACACCUCCGUGGGCAACAUGUUUGGGUCCUUCAUUGCAGGUCUAUUUGUGCAAGAGGCCUGGGGUCUGUCGUUCGCCGUGCCCGCCGUCAUCAUGAUGGUCUUCUCGGUGGCGGUGCUCCUCUUCGUAGCCCCACACCCUACAGACGUGGGGCUGCCAGACCCCAACGCCGGGGGUCGGCGCAGCAGAGCCAGCGCGUCUGACUCGGAGCGCCGCAGACUGCUGGACGUGGCUGACGAAGAUGACUCGGGGAGUGUCAGCAACAAGCCGCUGGAGGACGGCGCUAGCGUCACCAGCAGAGUGUCAGCAGCGGCCGCUGCCAGCAGUGUGUCUGAUUACCUGGACAACGUCAGCAACAGCAGCCAUAACAGUAAUAACAGCCAUAACAGUAAUAACAGCAAUAGCAGCCAUAACAGCCAUAACAACAGCAAUAACAGCCACAUCAGUUCUGAUCGCAGCACGACUGAGCGCAACGCCCGCGCCGUUAGCCUGCGUACUGCGCUAGAAAUCCCGGGUGUGCUGAUGUUCUCCCUGGCUCUGUUCUUCAUCAAGUUCGUGAACUACGUCUUCAUGUUCUGGCUGCCGAAGUACAUUCAUUCUGCAACACUGCUGGAGGGGUCUGUCGGUGCUGCCGUUGGACCGUUCCUGACGGGGUUGGUGGCCGACCACUUCGGCUGGGAGAAGGUCUUCCUUAUGCUCAUGGGGAGCUCCGUCCUCGCCAUCGGUUGCCUCCUGCACCUCACGUGGAAGGAAGCGCGGCGCUCCUGCUCUUGCUGUCGUCGUUAAUUUUUAAACCGCUCAAAAGAAUGAAAAAUUCUGCGAACUGCGUAUUAAAUACUGUAAAAGAAUUUUAAACACUAAGAAGAUCGUAUUAAAUACUGGAAAAAAUUUCAACUACAACAAGAUUCGUGUACACUACUGGCUAAAAUUAAACUGCAACAAACUGCGUAUCGAAUCUUGGCAAGCCGUUCAUUCGCCUCUUGCUUUCUGAUGUAACUGCUUCUCUGCUUUGUUCUUUUUUCUUCUUUUUUACACUUGCUGUGCCGUUUAUCAUCCUGUUCGCUGAUGCGAUUGCUAAUUCUGGGUGUAUUUUUAAUUAGUUUCUCAAAUUGGCGCUUCGGUUUCCCUACUUUUUACUGAUUACUAAUUUUAUUGCGGUUAUUCUUAUUAGCAUUGUGAAGUUACCUGCUCUGUCCCCGCCCCUAUACUCUUUUGUGUGCAGCUGCAGCAACGACAACUGUUUCUCCAGCUGCAGUUAUGAGUGCUGCUUACGCUUGCAGCUGUUACUUCAUUUUGCAUCUGCAGUUUUGGCUUAUUCAGAUGCAGGUGUAACUGCUUUUUCUGCACCUGCAGAAGCACCUGUUCCAUCCUGUGCUACUGACAGCCUCCUCAAUGGCGUUUGUCUACUUUCACUAUAAUUAUUUUCUCUAGAAUAUCAAUAAAUAUAUUUAGAAAUUUCUGAAAAAUCUCAAUCAGUACGAAUAUUUCAAUUUAUUCAACGAAAAGUUUAAUUCUAAUGACAAGUUAUCUAGCUAAUAAUUUUAUCCUGGUAUGAAAUUAUCCGAUACCAAUAAAUGAUGUAGCUUAUCGGCUUAGCAGUAACAUAAUUGUUUAUUUAUUAUAAUAUUCUUUAUUAUAAUAUACGUGUGUAAGAGAUGAACCCUGGAUGAUGUAUCCCAGGAUGCUCUAAUCCCGAGGCGUCAUGUAAACCUAAUUGUAUUAUAUUGCAUGCUAAUUAAAUAAUAUUUUUAUAAGUAAGCUGAUGAUUAUUGCGACUGUGCCGCCCCAUACCUAAUCUCAAGACGUAUUUAUUUACAAUUUUCGUGCAAGUUUUACUGAUGGAAUUCGAUUGGUCAUAGUUCUUAUGAACGUUUCUUGUCCUUCAGCGCAAUUCAGGACGAGGAAAAUCCUGAGAAAAUUAUCAUCUUCUUGUUGCCUUCUUCUUCGCUUAAUUAUGUUCGAAUUUCAUCCCUUCAAUGGUACCGUAUUUCCCCAUUUAUACCCUUACCUUAAGGGGAGCGUCUGCCCCAAAAUCGAAAAUUUUUACUUCUCCGGUUU